AUGGAUGAGCCCACCCCGGCUACCGGUAUCGAGCGCGGGACGGAUCUGGAGCGCAAUGAUGAGGGCAGCCGGUUCCUGAUGAACCAUGUUGUUCAGAGCUUUGCCUGGACCGGGCUGACGGUGACUGUGAAGGAUCGGCAGACGAAGCAGGCUCGAGAUCUCAUCAAUGAUAUUGGCGGCGAUGUGCAGCAAGGGGAAAUCGUGGCCUUGAUGGGCCCGUCGGGCUGUGGCAAGACAACCCUGCUCAAUGUGCUGGCCAGACGGCCGGCUGCAUCGGGAGCGAGGGUGUUGGGCGAGAGCUUCGUCAAUGGCGCGGAUGUGGGCGCGGCAUCGUUUGGCCGCAUGACAUCCUACGUGGAGCAGGAAGAUGCUCUGAUCGGGUCCUUGACAGUGCGCGAGACGCUCAAAUUCGCCGCCGAUCUGUCGCUUCCCAGCUCGGUCUCGAAGCGCCAGCGCAUGGACCGGAUCCGAACCCUUCUGGAAGCCUUCGGUAUUCAGAAUCAGGCGAAUACCCUGGUUGGCACUCCUAUUCGGAAGGGCAUCAGUGGCGGCCAGAAACGACGUGUCAGCGUGGCAAGUCAGCUCAUCACUUGCCCCAAGAUCUUGUUCCUGGACGAACCGACGAGCGGCCUGGAUUCGACAGCAAGCUUCGAGGUCAUUUCAUACGUGAAAGAACUGGCGCGCUCCAACAACAUCAUUGUAAUAGCGAGCAUCCACCAGCCCUCGACGACAACUUUCCAGCUGUUCGACAAGCUAUUACUGCUGUCCGCGGGCCGUACGUGUUAUUUCGGCCCAGUUGCAAAUGUCGAUAACUAUUUCCAACAGAUUGGCCACCCGAUCCCGGGAUACACGAAUCCAGCCGAGUUUCUGCUCGAUAUCGUCAGCUCGGACUUCGGCGGCGGGAAGGACUCAGCGUUGGAGCGCGUUCAGCGAAUCCAGAAUGCGUGGGUCAAAUCGACAGAGGCGGUUGUCCUGAGUCGACAAGUUUCCGAGCGAGCGCGACUAAUAGAGAAAGAAGGUGAUCGAUCCGUGGGCGAAGAUAUGGCGCGCCCUGGGGCCAUCACAAUCACAGCCGCCCUCCUACACCGUUCGUUUAUCAAAAGCUAUCGCGAUGUGGUGGCCUACGGGAUCCGCAUCGUCAUGUAUCUGGGACUGGCCAUCAUGAUGGGAACGGUAUGGCUUCGUCUGCAUCCGUCCCAGGACUACAUCCAGCCAUUCAUCAAUGCUAUCUUCUUUGGCUCAGCCUUCAUGUCCUUUAUGGCUGUCGCCUACGUGCCCGCCUUCCUUGAGGACCGAGCGACCUUUGCGAAAGAGCGCGCAAACGGCCUCUAUGGCGCAACCCCCUUCGUCGUGUCCAAUUUCCUCAUUGGCCUCCCCUUCCUCUUCUUGAUCUCCCUGCUCUUCUCCAUUGUGUCGUACUGGCUGUCGAACUUCCAGCCCACAGCAGACGCCUUUUUCACCUGGGUCAUGUGGAUCUUCCUUGAUCUCGUCGCGGCCGAGUCCCUAGUGGUGCUCGUGACCGCGAUAUUCCCGAACUUCGUGAUUGCGCUAGCGCUGGUGGCCUUCGCGAAUGGGCUGUGGAUGAGCGUGGGCGGAUUCCUCGUGACACCGAAGAUCCUGAAUCCCUUCUGGAAAUACGUGUUCCACUACAUCGACUAUCAGGCAUAUGUUUUCCAAGGCAUGAUGGUCAACGAAUUCGCAGACCGCAAUUACUCGUGCGGCGCGGACUGCCAGUGCAUGUAUACAUCGGAUUUGGCGGCGCAGUGCCAGAUCCGCGGCACAGCGGUGCUGGAGACGUAUGGGUAUGCGACGGGGCGGACGGGCAAGUGGGUAGGUAUUCUGAUAGGCAUUAUUGCGGUGUAUCGGCUGUUCGGCUGGAUUGCGCUACAAUUGCGCCGGACGUAA